CGAUACUCUCCCUCUACCGUAUGAUUCAACCGCCUUGAACGAUCACAUAAGAACGCCAAGCCCAUCAUGUCCGCCAUUCUCCUGUUCUGCACUUCAAACGUCCGCGCCAGCGUAAUCAACCGAUUGAUGAACGAAUGUGCCAUACCUGAAGAUGCGUUCAACAUCUUCAGUUUAGUCCGCACCCCAAACCAGGAAACCUUAGACGAGUGGCAAACUCAAACCCCUGUCCAAGAGUUCGACACCGGUUUUGAAGGCAAAAGUGACGCCGAGCUACGCAGAUUCUUCCAAGAACGCCUUGAUAAACAUACCGAUACUCAGACAACGAGUAUUUCAGACUCGUGGCUUGCGGUACUUGACGAUAAAUCGCCCUCGCAGGGCACAGUGGUCAUGCACUAUACAUACGACAAGUCAAGUUGGGGUCCAAACCCCAUUCCAGGGCCUGCGGAGGUAUCCGAUGAUACGAUCUGGUGGAAGUGGAGAGUUCCCUUCCAAUCAGCCUGGACGUUCUGGAACGCGGUCGGGAGCAUUGGGGCCGAUGCUAUUGAAAUUUAUUCGCGGCCUGAGUAUACAAGCUCGGAUGGUGUUCUGCAGACUGAGAUUCCAGAGAAGAUCAUUAAUGGGGAGAUUGAGGAUCCACAUGCUUAGCCCUUUCGUUAAUGCACCUUUAGUAUAGCUUCUCAUUAUCGCAAUCAGUGGCAGUUCAUGAUGGAUAUGAUUGAGUUUAAUGAGGCCAAUGAAUGUACUUAUUAAAUUGAUGCCUAAGUUGAGCUUUAGUGUACAAUGAAGCCUG